AUGAAAUCCAUCAUCCCUCGUCCUACAACAACAACCACGAAGACCGACGACGAACUGAUCUCUGACAAUUGGGGACUCUCGGAUGAGGAGGAUCAUCUCAAAAUGAGCGCUACACCAACAGCAAAGGUUUUUUGGCAACUCACACAUUCCAAUUCACCAACUUCUGGUCUCGCCAACAAGAGAGCCAAGCGCAGGAGAGCUCGCUCGACGGGUUGCUUCGGCAUACCGUUUGAUCUGCUCGCCUUCCUGUCCGUGUUUCAACUGGACCCAAACCAAAACAACAACACCACCAAAAGGAUUCAGUCAUCAUCACCACCACAUUUUGAGUCUGAGAAGGUCGGGGAGGUAAGGAAAUCGGCGACAUGGCCACUUAUCCACUCGGCAAAAUCACAGGCUGCCCGGGAGGCACGCAUGGCAGCGAAGCGCUCAGCGGCCAUCGACCGGCAACUUGAACAAGACCGGGAAGCCUUGUGUCGGACGGCUCAAGUCAUGGUUACUGGUUGCGGCCCGACAAGAUGCGAGGGAAAGACUUUGCUUUUUGACCAAAUGAGAAAAUGCAGCUCACCAGGAUCCUCCGACCAGCAACCAACAGGGGAUCCAGCCACCCAAGUGAGAACCGCGGCCAUAAAAGAGAUGAGACGAAUCCUUUAUGAAAUCCACGCCCAAGGAACACACUACCAUCAACAACCCAACCAACAAAUCCCACCACCCCUAUCAAACCUCCUCCAAACAGCCAUCACCCUCCACGAUUUACCCCUCGACGAACCCCCCCAAGUCAACCCAGAGACCCUCGCCUUUAUCAACCAAACCACCACCUUGUGGUCUGACCCCCUUUGGACAAACCUCUGCUACACCACUCUCGGCCGCUCCCGCCCAUUCAUCACCCUCCUCCUCUCCCUAUUAUCCCGCUCUUUUACCCCAUCAUACACCCCCACACCAACCGACCUCUCCCACAUCAAGCACUUCUCCUCUGCCCCCCGAUCCCUCCACCGCGAAUCCCUCACCCCCUUCCCAUCCACCUCCUCCCUCGAAUUCGACCUCAUCGACCGCGACAAUACAUCCUGCUGCUCCUUCCUCCGCCGCAAAAUCUUUAAUUUCCUCUCCGCCAACCUCUCCAUCCUCAUGCUAGUCGACUUAGCGUCUUACUCUCAAACCCUAGAGGAAGAUAACAACGUCAAUUACCUCAGCGAGGCGCUCCGGUCCUUUGAGGGGUUGGUUAACAGCAAAAUGUUUGCGCAAAACGCCCGCGGGGCGCUGAUGUUGCUUUUGUGGAAUAGUGAGGGUUUAGAAAGACAGUUGGAUGAGAGGCCGUUGGGGGGAUAUUUUCCUGACUUUAGGGGGAGAAGGGGGGAGGAGAGGGGUUGGAUCAGGAAGGAGUUUGAAAAGGUUGUUAAGAGGGGUAAGUAUGGGAGGGAUGUGAGGAUUCGGGUUGGGGAGCCGGGGGAGGAGGGGACGGUGAGGUGGGUUGUUGGGGCGGUGAAGACGGGGUUGUUGGAUCAGGGGUUGUGUGAGAUGGGGUUAGGGAGGGAGGGGGAGGGGAGUGGGUGGUGUCGGAGGGUGUAG